GUUUUUGUAACUCUAUGUUAAUAUUAUCCUCUAUGUUCAUCUCAGUUUACGUUUUUAUCGUCUCGCCAUAUCCCCACACAUACAAUAUGUAAAUGAGAUAUAGAAAGAUUUAGAAUAUUAUCUGUAGUGAUCUAGAUACUUCUAAAUAUUAUUAGUAAAUAUUGUAUCUUUAUUAAACUAAGAUGUUCAAAUAUUCAUAUUUAUCUAAUUAAGAAAAUAUUUAGUAUAUAAAGUUAUAUAACAUAAUAGUAACUAUUCUUUUGAGAGUUAAUAUUACAAUUUUUUCAAUUUUCCAUUCUCCUCAGUCUUUCCAUGAUAUCAGGACUACAACGAUCUAAUGAUCAGUGAUGUUCCUUAGUGUUUUUCUCUAAACCAUAGAACUUCUUUAUCUUUAUAUUUUAAGUUAUAUAGUUUCUUUAUGUUUUAUUUAUGUUAAGCUAAGUGCUUCUACCAUUUAAAUUUAUCAUUUUACCAAAUGUUUUCAAAGUUCAAAUUCAUCAUUAUGAAUCUAUGAAUCCUAAUCCUUAGCGUGUAGGCAAAACGAAAAGGAAAAAAAGAACGGUACUAGACCAAGUUGGAUUUGUGCUUUUUGGAAAAUUAUUCUUUGACCGGUAAUUACAGAUAUAAUUUAUGUUACCCCGUUAUUUGUUUUGAGUCUUGACUACGAUUGAUAUAUCUAUCGUUUUCUUUUCGCAUAGAAAGUACAAAGCAAAUAUAAUUUAUUAGCGCCCGCGUUUGAAAACAAUUUGCUUGGUCAUGUUACGCGUUUCACACACAAGAUGAUUCGAUUAGUCAUGGGUCAAUGUCUUCGUCGAUUUUACUUGCUAACUUAUGAGUCACAUACAUUUCAAACAUACAAAAUAUGAAAUGACUUAAAAAUUUAUACACAAAUAAGUUAUUUAAACAUAAUAGUAGUGAAUUAUAAUAAUUUAGUUUUUUUGUAAAUAUUUAUAUUUAUGCAUGAACAUAACAAAUUCAUUUAAUAUAAAAAUAUCCUGAGUGUAAACUGUAGUUAGAAAUUUACGGAGAUAGAUCGCCAACAUAUCCUCAAAAUUGUUUUAGAAAAAAAUAUCCUCAGAAUGAAUAUUCGUUAUACGAGUCUAUGACCAUAGAUGCACUUGAAAGGUAAUGGAUUAACAACGUCAACCAAAGUCUUUGUAUAACGAGAAACUUGCUUGCUUUGAUGACCUUUACUUCAUGAGUAAAUUUUCAUGGAUUUUAAAGUCAUGAGGGAUUGUGAUGAUGUUUAAGUCAUGAGUCAAUUUAUAUUAACGUGUUAAUGUAACCACUAAUUUUUUCAAUCUAAUUUCCUAAGUUAUAAAAUAUAUGAGCAAUCUACUCCUAUAAAUUCCAAUAGUAGUUAACAGAAAAUUUUAUAAAAUACUAAAGAGUAGGUUUUAAUUAAGGAUUAUAAUUAACCAUACCAAAUGGGAAUGGCCGGUUUCACGGUAGCACUGAUGAUGAUAGGAGUGAUACUCUCUCCUUGUCUCUAUGGAAAAGAGUUCUCCGAUCACCAGGAAAUCAAAGUACAAAGUCUUUUGAAGCGGCUCAACAAGAAUGCUCUUAUGUCCAUUAAGAGCGAAGAUGGAGAUAUAAUAGAUUGUGUUCCAAUAAAUAAUCAACCAGCUUUUGAUCACCCUCUGCUUAGAAACCACACCAUCCAGAUGAGACCGAGCUUCAUACCGGAAAGUACGUCUACGUACACCAAGAAAAAGAUAAAGGCUACUCAGGCGUGGCACAAGAAUGGAAGAUGCCCUAAAAAUACUGUUCCGAUAAGAAGAAUAAAGAAAGAAGAUAUCUUACGAUCAAAAUCCAUUGAGAGUUUUGGGAGAAAGACGAAUCCAAGCAUCCCUGAAGAUAAUACGUAUGAUCCAAGUAGAGGCCAUGAGUACGCGGUCAUGAAUUCCAUGCAAGGAACGUAUUUCGGGACAAAAUGUACAGUAAAUAUGUGGAAACCAGAAGUUCAAGUUCCCGACGAGUUCAGCUUGGCUCAGACUUGGCUCGUGUCUGGAGUUGGCACUACUCGUAACACAAUUGAAGCUGGGUUGCAGGUUUUUCCAAGAAUAUAUGGUGAUAAUAAUCUAAGAUUAUUUGUUUACUGGACGGCCGACGGAUAUCAAAGUACAGGGUGCUACAACAACGCCUGCCCAGGUUUCGUUCAAAGGAGCAAUCGUCUCACUGUAGGUGUAGCCUUCACUACCGUCUCACAAUACGAAGGAGAUCAAUACGAGCUCUCCAUACUUAUAUGGAAGGACGGCGAAAACUGGUGGCUACAGAUUGGUGAAGAGCUUGUCGGGUACUGGCCUGGCCAGUUAUUUAACUCUCUAGGAAAUGGAGCUACUAUAGUUCAAUGGGGAGGUGAAAUCAUUAACAGGGAGACCGAUGGGAAACACACGAGCACCGACAUGGGAAGUGGGCAUUUUGCAGAUGAAGGUUUUAAGAAAGCGAGCUAUUUCAGGAAUCUUAUGACAAUUGAUGGAACCAAUACUCUGACAGAACCACAAGGAGUUUACCCCUCGACAGGUCAUGAUAACUGUUACAACAUUAAGGCAGGAGAUGUUGGAACUUCCUGGGGGGUUAAUUUCUUCUAUGGUGGUCCUGGCCAGAACGAGAGAUGCCCUUGAUUUGGAUCUAUGUGCUCAACAGCUCAAAUAUUUUGAGGAUUUUACAUAUUUGUUUGUAUUUGAAUAUGAACGUGUGAGUAAGUAAAAAAAAAAAUCCGCGUCAAAAAAGUUAAUAUUACGUACUUGUGUCCUUGAAUAACGUGUGUAUAAGUGGAAUAAUAAUUAAUUUCUCUUGA